GACAACUCCGCGGAAAGUGGGAGCGGGUACCUGUCAAAUUCACGGUACUCCGUCCGCAGUCUAUCUGAUAAUCUCUUUGCUUUGUCUGCAGUCUCUGGUCAUCCCCUGCAACUGUUGCAGUACUUGGUCGCAUCUUCUGGUACUGUGUCCGCAGUCUCUAGUCAUUCCCUGUACUGUGUCCGCAGUCUUGGUCAUUCCCUGUACUGUGUCCGCAGUCUCCUGGUCAUCCUCCUGUACUGUGUCCGCAGUCACUCUGGUCAUCUCCUGUACUGUUUGUCCGCAGUCUCUGGUCAAUCUCCUGCACUGUGGGUCCGCAGUCUCUGGCCAUCCCCCUUGUACUGUGUCCGCAGUCUCUGGCAAAUUCCCCCUGUACUGUGUCGGCAGUCUCUGGCAUCCCCUGUACUGUGUCCGCAGUCUUGGCCAUCUCCUGUACUGUGUUCGCAGUCUCCUGGCCAUCCAUUGUACUGUGUCCGCAGUCUCUGGUCAUCCCCUGUACUGUGUCCGCCCAGUCUUCUGGGUCAUCCCUGCCACUGUGUCCGCAGCCUAUCUGGU